AUGGACUCGACGGUCGAGAAGGGCAACGCCCAGCACCUAGAGCAUGCCUCUGACACACCGAAAGGUCUUGCCGUUGCUUUCGAGNNGGAGGGCAAGGACGCCGGCCUGAGCGACGCCCACCUUUGUAGCGACGAGGACAACAAGCGCAUUCUACGGAAGACCGAUCUGUGGAUGCUCUCGCUGCUCUGUAUGGUAUAUUUCCUGCAAUCAGCAGAUAAGGGGUAA